UUCGCCGUCUGCUCGUGGUUGAGUGCCAACGCGAUGUCUUGUGAAGUGGAGUAAGCGAGCUGAACAAGCUCGCAGUCAUCGAUUAUAGCGAUGGUGCGCCAGCGUCGCAAAGAACUGAGAGACCACCCCAGAAAGCUUCAGCUAGUAACCAAGCCCAGGCCACCACCCGCAAAUGAUAAUGAACUUGGUCCAUGGGCACCUCUCCCCUACACUGCUUUCAAGGCAAUUUUGUCCGCUCGACUGUGUGCAGCAGUGUGGAACAACAUCGCUGAUUGUGACGAGACCUUCAACUAUUGGGAACCUACGCACUACCUGAUGUAUGGCAAGGGUCUUCAAACCUGGGAAUAUUCUCCUCAGUACGCUAUCCGAUCGUAUGCGUACCUGUGGAUCCACGCGCUUCCGGGCCUUGUCUACAGCAACCUGCUUCAGUCAAACCGAGUUCUCGUGUUUUACUUCAUGCGCUGCAUCUUAGGCUUUGUCUGUGCCCUCUGCGAAGUCUAUUUCUAUAAAGGUGUGCUCAAGCGGUUCGGACCGGUAGUUGCACGCUCGACGCUAGUCCUGCUUCUAUUCAGUACCGGCAUGUUUGUCUCUUGCACCGCGUACCUGCCGAGCUCAUUUUCCAUGUAUUGCACGAUGGUUGCGUUUGGAGGAUGGUUCCUUGGCGACCACCGUGUAACAGUGUUCGCCACUGCCGUAGGCGCUCUUGUGGGAUGGCCGUUUUCGGCAGCGCUUAGCUUGCCGGCUGCUUACGACAUAGCUUUCGUCAAGCGCAAGCUUCACCCGAUUUUGAUUUCCUGCGUGAGUUCGCUCGCUUUCAUUCUGCCUGUGCUGAUGGCCAUCGACUCGCACUACUACGGCCGCACUGUGCUGGCGCCACUCAACAUUGUUAUGUACAACGUUUUCAGCAAGCACGGCGCCAACUUGUACGGGGUCGAGCCGUGGUCGUUCUACUUUAAGAACGGCCUGCUCAACUUUAACUUCGCCUUUGCCGCCGCUCUGGCCUCCGGUCCGGCAGUGUUGUUGCGGGCCAAGUUGACGAAACAAGGUGUUUCGAAACAGGAUUACCUGCUGGAGUUGGCGCCACUCUAUCUAUGGUGCGCGAUUUUCUUCAGCCAAGCACACAAGGAGGAGCGCUUCCUGUUCCCCGUGUACCCACUCAUCUGCCUGUGUGCGGCUAUCUGUGUCAGUGUGCUCGAGUCUUUGACCAGCCACUGUUCGCGCGCACUGACAGGCAUUGCACACCGCGUCACAUCUGUUCUGGCCCAGCAUGUCUGGCUCAUAUUUCUGACUGCUACCACGUUGCUGUCUGUUUCCAGGACGGUGGCCCUCUAUCGAAAUUUCAGAGCACCCAUGGAGAUAUAUAUGGAGCUUGGGCCACUUGCAAGCAUUGGUGCUGACAACCAGGAUGACAUUUCCCCAUCAACACUUUGUGUGGGGAAAGAAUGGUAUCGAUUUCCCUCAUCUUUCUUUUUGCCUAAAAACUGGGAACUCUCCUUCAUCGAGUCAGAGUUUCGAGGGCAGCUUCCUAAGCCCUACCCAUCUAGUACUAAUGCAACACGCAUCAUACCAACGGAUAUGAAUGAUGCCAAUAAGGAAGAACGAUCUCGCUAUAUAAGUCCAAACCUGUGUGACUACCUUGUUGACACAGAUGGUCACGAUGUGACUGAUCGUGAGCCCGACUACUCAUCCAGUCCAGAGUGGGAGGUUGUCACCUUUGUCAAGUUUUUAGACAGCAAGAGAUCUCCAAUUUAUGCAAGAACCUUUUAUGUGCCGUUUGUGACAGAAUGGCAGUGCUCAUAUGUCAACUACUACCUGCUCAAGCGAAAGAAACCAACUAGAAAUAGGGCUUAGCUGUUCUUUCAUUUUUUUUCUUUAAAUAAUCCACAACUUGAUGUUCAAAAAAAUUUUAAUUGUACUUAAGGCUUGGCUUGUUUGUAUAUGUCCAAAGCAUUGCUAGCACGACUACAGACAACUGUCAGUCUUGACCUAGUUUAUAAAGUCCUCAAAAUUUAACUUGCAUAUAGUUUUUGCAUUGUCCAGUUUGUAUUGCUCUAUUUCUGUAGUGCUUGGAAAUCGCAAAAGAAUUAUUUGCAUGUACACUGCAAAACAGUGUAAAACAUCUUAUUUUUUCUGUGCUUAUAAGCUGCUACACUACAAGAUACUGAAAUAUUUAGCUCUAUGUUAAUUGUUGCAAACAUUGUGCACAUGAGUACUUCAGUAGUAUUUGUAAAUUUUUGUUCAAUUGAAAACAUUCCACCAUCAAACAGCACUGACUCUCCUUGUAACCGUGUUUGCAUUAUGUUUGUGUAAAUGCCCUAGUGACAGCUUCGAUUUAAAAAAAAUGGGAUGCUCUCCCAUUGUGCAGUACUCCUUGCAUUGCUUUUUAGCGCAGUAAUUCAGUUUACUCUGCAAUUCACAUGAAUCUUGCAAAGCAUACUGCCUUUGAAAGAUGCUGCUUAUGCUACCAGUUUUAUUACACAUCUCUUUGUAAACCACAGAAAUAAGUACAAAAACAACUCUAUAAAGACUGGUGAAGAAAAGCGUUCAAUUGCUGAGCUGGGAAAUAUCAAAGUACAGGCAAACAAAUAGAUGAUCACUGUUUUUCAAGGGCUUCCAUUCUUGCAUUUCAUUCUGUCAAUUAUUGCCCUUACGUUGAAUGGCUCCCAAGAAAUAAGCAAAAUGUUCCACAGUCAUGUAUGAAUCUUUUGUUUGUAAAUUUCGGUGUUCAUGUACUUCUAAAACUUAUCAGGUAACUAAUAUUGCACAAUUAUCAACUGAUAGUAGUCAUAGGAGAGGUCAUAAUGACGUAUACUGAGAAAAUACAUCUAGAAUGAAAGUGGCAGCCAGCCAGGUAGUGAACGUUUUUAGUAUAUGUCAUAUAGUUAUUCAGUUCAUUUACUUGAAAUGGUGAACAUUACUUGCAUGAAACUGAAGUGUAUCAUUGGCUAGUUACAAAAAUCACUGAUGAACUUUUUAAAACAUUUAGUUUCUGGCAGAUGUUGCCAGUUACAAAUCAGUAGAACAUGUUCCUUGGAUAGUUUUGCGUAGUACUUGCCGUUUUUACAAGCAUAGAGAUUUGUGCAGGACAGUCUUGCAGUAUCUUUCUGCAUCAACUUCACUAUUCUGUCCAAAGUUGUGUGCUAGUUUAACCAGAAUGCUUCAACUUGUUGCCAAAGAGUUAUAAAAAUUUAUCCACAGGAAGAAAAUUUUUAUGAUGAUGUUACUUUCUGCAUACUCAUGUCCAUAACAUGCAACAAAAUACAUGGUCAUUCUACUAAUAUUUGUGCUGCAAAACAUGAAACCUUAUGCUUACCAUAAAAUCCCAAGCAAUCCCCUUUUCCUCGCCCUUUGUGGCAAAAGAUAAUCAGAGAAGAUUUAGAGAAAAAUGGGGGGGCGGGGGUUCGCUUAGUAGCGAAGCAGAAGUCAAGGUGGCAAAUUACAGCUUGUGACAAGAAUGCUUACUUGUGCUUCUAAUGAAAUACUUUAUUUCAUAGAGUUUCAUACAAUGAUACCUAGAGAGGAAUCUGGUGCUGCGAUUGUGUACCCUGAUGCAAAUUAUGGGAAGUACAGGCUUCGGAUUGAAUUGCGUCAGCUAGUGAACUGUCUACGAAUCUUUUUUUACAGUUUAAGUUUUGUUAUUCUCACAGCAUGGGUAGUGGGGUGCGAUGCAAAACACUGAAGCAGCGCCUUUGUUGUUCAAGACUGAAGAUCACUAAGUCUGAGAUUAAACAUGGCUUUGGAGCUUUACAAGUCGUAUUUGACAAUUUAAGCGAAGUGUCGUCCACUUACCACUGCUCAUAGAUGUAGCGUCUGAUGCCAGUACAGAAUAUUACAUCGACUUCAUGUUUUUUUGUAAGCAUGUCUUGCCAAAACUCGUUUAAAUUAGCUGCAAAACAAUGGCAACCCUAAGUAGACUCACCGUCGCGGUCCUCUGGCUCGACUUUACAACGAAACGAAAGGUGCGUGUUGGGGGCAGACCACUAGGACAGACACACCUGGCAUCGCAGCAGACGAAACGUUAAGUGUAACUCACUUAAUACUGUACUGUUAUUUUCAUAAAUAGAUAAGGCGUACUUUCGAGGGCAAAACAAGAAUGUUUGUUUUCAAGUGUUGUAAAAAAUAAUUCAUUAUAUCUUGAUGCCAAAUCUGCAACACAAUGGUAUAGCAAUGCGCACCCUGGUGGUUAAAUGUGACUAGGUUUCACUUCUACCUCAUGGUCACAGAAAUGUUUUGUAAAAAUGUUUAUGUACAAAAGAAUGAAGCAAGUUUAAAUUAUAUAUAACUUCAUAUCACUUUGUUUUACACUCAGUAAACGAGUGUCACAAAUCUCAAGAACGUAAUUCAUCUGAAGCAGAUCCGAAGUUCCCAUAAUUCCCUCGAGGUUACCAGUGCUGCUGAAGGAGCCCACGUAGACACUAGUGCCAGAUUCCCCUCUAGGUGUUAUUGUAUCAAGCUCUAUGCUUUAUUUAAUAUGCAUGCACAUACUCGUUUUACUGAACCGGAGGGAAUCCUUGGGUGAAAUUUCUUGUGUUAUAACAAUGGCAGAAAGAGAUUUUUCAAAUGUACCAACAAUUUUUGACAACUCCGUAUUUAACCAUGAGGCACCCCACUGUAAAAGUAGUUAAGUGCACAUAUGCAUGUUCGUAGGGAGUAUUUUUUUCUUGGCGGGUGCAGACCAUUGUUGAAUUGUAGCUGGGGGAGGGGAAAAUCACUUGUGAAGCUUGGGUGAGGGCAAGUGCUGGUGAUGGUUAAGGGGGUGAGGGGGGUAAGUGUCCAUUUUGCACCCCCCUGCUGACGCCCAUACAGAUCCCUAAAAACUGUCAGGAGUUUGGUGCCUAGGAACCACUGCUGUAGGAUUGUGAAGAAAUUUUGGGAAAGGGAAUGGUUACUCAAUCAUUGACACAUAUUUCAAAUUUUCCACAAAAAGAGAAGGGGGCACUUGCUAGGGUAGUGGCGCUGACUUGAGUUUUUGUGAUAAAUUAAAUUCUGGGAUUUUACAAGCAAACACCUUCAUAUGACAAUAAAGCAUCCCACUGUAGGACACUCUGUAACAAUUUUUACCAGCUGGGUUUUUUUUACAGGUGCCUGAAUCUAAGUACAAGGGUGUUUUUAGCUCUUCACUCUCAUAGAAAUACUGCCACCAUAGCCAGGAAAUGACUCUGCCUUAUUCUGCUUAGCAGUAAAACAUUUUAGCCACCAAGUUACCAUGGCUGGUCACAAAACACUGCUCUGUUAAAAAGUCGAACACUAAGUUUUCUCUGCACUCUUGACCGCACGCAUACUAAAGCCCACACGAUGCUAAGAAUUCGCUUUAAGUAGAUAUACCUUUCCAACUCAUUGGCUAUAAUUCUCAAGCAGCAGUAUGUGUCAUCAUGUAACUAAAUGAGAAAGCAAAUAGGUAACCAAAAACUCGUCUGGUUAACCUCCCUGCCCUUCCUCUUCUUGCUUUCUCUCUAGAUUUUUUUAUGCAAUUAUUAUCUGUUGCUUCAUGUAGUGGAACUCAAGAACUAUGCUGAUGCUUUCUGUUGUAUGCUUUCAAAGCAGCCAGUAUAGUAGAAGCUGUGCUAUUUGUUGCAAUACUUCUUAUAGAGAACUCUGGCGCUACUGUCUAUGCAGUUUUCUAAUGGGUGCUGUGCUGACAUGUGAAUGACGGUGCAAUGUGUGAUUCUUGUGUUGGCUGGUGUUUAGUGAGGCUUGACUUAUAAGAUGGGUGCACGAAUAAAGCUAACUUUCUUCAAAGAAAA